CAAUAAAAAACAGACGCCAAAAAACAUCUGAGUCGAGCGCGCUAAAUUCUUAUAAUUGUUUAAUAUAAUAUUUGAAUAGUUAAGUUUCAAGCAGCUCUAUUAAUUUACAGCCUGGGAAUAUUAAGACGAGCUAACAAAAAUGGAGCAGGAUUAUUCCAAACAAACGCCGCGUGACUUUUGUGACAGUGACGCCGUUUGUACCUCCUCCUUAAAGGAAAUUUCAUUGAUAGAAACUGUGACCAGUUUCCUAGAAGAAAACGGUGCUGCCGACGUCGAUCCAAGGGUUUUAAAAGACUUGGCCGAGGCGCUUUCGAAACGCAUCAGCAUAGACGACACAAGUCCCGGCGGUAUUCACGAUGUAACCAUGGAAAAUUCAUAUACCAGCUUCGAUGCAGCGCGUGCACCGGGAGGUAUUCAUUCGCCGAUGCAGGGUCGGUCCGUGCGCGAGCUAGAGGAGCAGAUGUCGACAUUGCGCAAGGAGAACUUCAAUUUGAAGCUGCGAAUUUACUUUAUGGAGGAGGGUCAGCAUGGCGCACGUGGCGGCAAAAAUGUCGCCGAGUCCCCCUCCAAGCAGCUCAUAGAUUCCAAAAUUGAAAUCGAAAUACUACGGAAGCGAGUGGAAGAGAAGACCGAACUCUUAAAGGAUGCGGCUCGAGCUAUAUCACAGCACGAGGAGAUGCAAAAGAAGGCAGACAUGGAAAGUCAGGCGAUGAUUGAGCAAAUGCAGCAAUACAUAAAUCAGUUAGAGGCAGCCGCCACGCAGAAGGCAACCAAAAAGUCGAUUGAUACGCUGAAUGCUGAAAAAUUGAAGACUUUGGAAGCAGAGGUGCUUAAGUUGGAGAACGAACUGCUCGAGGCCGAUUUGCGGGAGACGGAGUCUAGGCGUCAGCAGGAGCUCUUGACAAAUGAUCUAGCCGAACGCCAGGAGACGCUGGUGGCAUGCGAAGCCAAGAUUGAGGAGCUGGCAAUUAAAAAUGCCAAAUUGGUUGAGCAGCUUGAAAAGCAGACGGAAAUCGAGCAGCUAGCAAAUCCCCAUCAAGAGCUGCGCACACAAUUGGCCGACAAGAUCUGUGAGCUGCAGGACGCCGAGGAGAAACUGGCUGAAAGGGAGCGAGUACACGAACAGGCCUGUCGCACCAUUCAGAAGCUGAUGCAGAAACUGAGCAGCCAAGAGAAGGAAAUCAACCGAAUGAAACAGCAGCAGCAGCAGGCGCAGACGAGUAAAUCAGGCGCAGAGUCCUCGCCUGGCAAACGGUUGCAUUCGCUGAGCGACAGCGAGUCCUGUGCCGUGGAUAUUUCGCGCAGCCUAAAGCAGCGCUAUGAAAAACAAAUUGCGGAUCAGGAUGAGCUAAUCAAGCAGCUGCAGGCGGAUGUUAAAAAGAAGACGGCCAAUUUGCAGAAUCUCGUCAACAAGGAGCUGUGGGAGAAGAAUCGCGAAGUUGAGCGCCUAACUAAGUUGGUCAGCAGCAGUCAUCAGCAGCAGCAACAGUCCGUGGAACAUUCUGGCGAGGAUUCCACAGUUGGCGCCGAUUCCCAGCAAUCCUUUUCGGAGGCAGAAUUCGCUAAAGCUCUCAAACGCAACAAAUUGCUUCAGCGCAAGGUUGAUGUGCUGCUGCAGCGUCUGGAUGGUGCGCAGCAGGACAGCGAACUUAUUGCACAACUGCGUCAGGAGGUACAAACCAUGGAGUUGGAUGUGGAGAAUGCCAACAAGUGGCGUCUGGAGUGCGCGGAUGUAUGCAGCGUGCUGACCAAUCGUUUGGAAGAGCUAGCUGGCUUCCUCAAUUCGCUGCUCAAGCACAAGGACGUGCUGGGCGUGUUGGCAGCGGAUCGUCGGCAUGCUAUGCGCCGCGCGGUGGAUCGCAGCUUAGACUUGUCCAAGAGCUUAAACAUGACACUGUCUAUAACUGGCGUUUCCCUUGCUGAUCAGAGUCUCGCGCAACUUAGCAAACUCUCGGAAAUAUUGUACACCGAGGCGGAUGAGUGCAAUCAUACGUACAAUUCGCACGAAGACCUGCAGGGAGCAAAGACGGAGAACAAGGCGUUGAAAUCAGAGCGAAAAGAGCGACGCUCACUGCCCCUGCCGCAACAACAGCCAGACAAUCAAAGCGAAUCGGAAGCCUGGUCCGAGCCCGAUCGUAAGGUAUCUUUGGCGCGUAUCGGUCUGGAAGACACCUCGAACAGCAUGGUGGGCGAGCAACAUCUGAGCGAAUCGGAUAGUGAGGGUCACGCAUGUUCGGCCAAUACGCUUAAGCAGGAGCGCAGUCGCCACAGCGAGCGUAUCAGCCAGCUGGAGGCUCUAAUAGCCCAGCGGGACGAGCGCAUACUGCAGGCCCAAUGUCAACUGGUGGACGCGGAUAACCGCUUCAAGCAGGAGCAGCUGCGUGUCAUUGAGUUAACCCAACAGCUGGAACAGCUCCGUGCACAAAACGAGGCGCUGCACGCGGAUCUGCGUGCGAUCGGCAGCCAAGAUGAUCAGGAAAUUGCCGAGUUGCAAUCUCGUAUUGAACUCAAGACGCAGCAGUUGGAACAGCUGCAAAUGUUGCACAAUACGCUGCAGGCGGAUGCACAAAUCUCAGAGCUUGAGCUGCAGGAAGCCCAAAAGAAAAUACUGGAAAUGGAAAAUGAACAUAAGACAGCGCUCGCUGAAGCACGCAACGAGCUGGCGCAAUUCAAGUUGGAGGCGUCACAACGUUUCGAGGCACAGCAGCGUCUGCAGCAGGAGGCAUUGGAACGCGACUGGAUUGCGGUGUCCAAGCAUGAGGAGCUUAAGAGCCAGCUGGUCGACGUGCAACGUUCGCUAGAGUUCUAUCAGGACAACGAAAAAGAGCUGAAGCAGACGCUCGUUGAGAAUGAGUUGGCGGCGCGUUCGCUUAAAAAAGAAUUGGAUGAAAGCACGCUGCAGGCUUCCAAGGCUAUCAUGGAGCGUACCAAGGCCUACAAUGACAAAUUGCAGCUGGAGAAACGGCUGGAAGAGCUUAAAGUGCAACUAGCACAGCUGCAGGAGGAGCAACGACAGCAUCAGUGCCCACAGCCCAGCGAUGUCUACCAGUCCGGCUACACGUCCGAGGAGGUGCCGCUGCGUGUGGCUCACCAGAGAGCUGGCCGCAUUAAUAAUCCCUCGCCGGAUCUGGGCAUAGAGAGUGAUACUGGUCGUGUCCUGAGCGUCGAGCUAUCCAAUGCGCAGCGCACCUUGCUUAAAACGGUGGAGCUAGGUGGGCAUAAUUCGAACCAAGUUGCUGAUAUUUUGGACGAGAAGGAGGGUAAGUGUGUGAAGCGCGCAAUGCUGUACAAAAAUAAAGAAGAUUUCUCUGUGACAGCAGACCUUUCACCCGACACAGAGGCUGUUGCAUCGAGCGCUGGGGAGUUGCCGCCCAUCCACGACUGCGCCAAGGUAGAGCAAGAAAAUGCCGAUUUACGGCGUAAACUAAUACGCACCAAGCGCGCAUUUGAAGACACCUAUGAAAAGUUACGUGUGGUUAACAAAGCUAAAGCGCAAGUCGAAAAGGACAUUAAAAAUCAAAUACUUAAGACGCACAAUGUACUGCGAAAUGUUCGCUCAAAUAUGGAGAAUGUGUUAUAACAAUUGAUUUGAUUUGAUUUGAUUAUCAUCAUCAGGUGGACUCACAAAUACCAUUCAUUUCUUACAAUUUCCUCUUUCAUUUUUACCAAUUUUCUUGUUUCUUUUAAAUGUUCUUGUAAAUGUCUGUAUAUAAGGCACGAAAGCAACGAGUUAUUAAUACUUGCAUUUUUUUAAAAAAAGACUGUGUAUAAUAAAAAUAUAUAUAAUGUAUAUGUAACAAAAUGCAAGUUUCCACCAACUGCACCUAACUGGUAUUAAGUUAACCAGUCACACAUACACACAUUCGUUCAUAUUGAAUGACCUUAAAAUACAUAGUUAAUUAAGAGCAUUACUAACCGAUUCUGAACAGUAUCAUAAACACCUAUAGCUCGCUAGAAAUAACCCUUGGAUAACCCUGAUGCCGAAUGCCAUUUCUUGCCAUAUCAAUCUAAAUGUUCUGUAACAAAUAAAAGACUAAACAUAAUAUUUUGCUUGAAUUAAUA